CCGAGCAGCAGGGUGUCCGGCUGCACUUUGAACCCUGGGGAGAGUGGGAUGGCGGAGGCGGCUGGCUCUCUGCCCAGCUGGGGCACUGCAGCUGAGGACAGGACGGCCUCUGCAGCUCCCCUCACUCCGCUCUGUGUGGGGCAGAGGGUCAGAGCCUGUGGGGCAGGAUGAGGCACCUGCUCUGGGCUGCCUGCAGCCAGCUGCUGCCCCAGGAAGCUGGGCUCCAUGCUCACAAGCUGUCUGCGGCUGCUGUGGUGGCCACCCUCCAGUUUGUGGCCCGGCCCGUGGGGGUCUGCUCCAUGAUGAAACUGCCCGUUCAGGCGUCGGCGGAGGGACUGGACGCAGCUUUUGUCGGCGUCCCUCUAGACACGGGCACGUCCAACCGGCCAGGAGCCAGGUUCGGUCCGCGCCAGAUCCGGGCCGAGUCGGCAAUGGUGAGGAGGUACAAUGCCAGCACCGGGGCAGCGCCUUUCGACUCCCUGCAGGUAGCUGACAUCGGGGAUGUGAAUGUGAACCUCUACAACCUGCCUGACAGCUGCCGCCUCAUCCGAGAGUCCUACCAGAAGAUAGUGGCCUCCGGCUGCGUGCCCCUCACCUUGGGUGGAGAUCACACCAUAACAUACCCCAUCCUGCAGGCCCUGGCAGAAAAGCACGGUCCCGUGGGACUGGUGCAUGUGGAUGCUCACACCGACACCGGGGACAGAGCCCUGGGGGAGAAGAUCUACCAUGGGACCCCGUUCCGGCGCUGCGUGGAGGAAGGGCUGCUGGACUGCAGCCGCGUGGUUCAAGUCGGCAUCCGAGGCUCCUCCUAUGACCCUGAUCCUUACAAGUACUGCCAGGACCAGGGUUUCCGGGUGGUCCCGGCUGAAGAGUGCUGGGGGAAGUCCCUGGUGCCGCUGAUGGGAGAGGUGAGGAAGCAGAUGGGGGACAAGCCGGUGUACAUCAGCUUCGAUAUCGAUGGACUAGACCCCGCGUACGCCCCGGGCACUGGGACGCCGGAGAUAGCCGGGCUCACACCUGCGCAGGCUUUGGAGAUUAUUCGUGGCUGCAAAGGACUGAACAUAGUGGGAUGUGACCUUGUGGAAGUUGCACCGAUGUACGAUGUCUCUGGAAACACAGCCCUCCUGGGAGCAAAUCUGCUGUUCGAGAUGCUGUGCGUUCUCCCCAAAGUAAAGACGAUGUGAGGGCAGCUCCCGCCUGCCCCGGGGGCAACACAGCUCCCACCUCAGCAGAGGCUUUUCGCGCCCUGUUCCCCCGAAUGCAGGGCUUUGCAGUAAGGAAUAAAUGCCAUUUACCGCUAGAAAAGGUAAUUUCAAGCUGAUAAACUGGAGGUGCAAAUGGGUUUGAACAGCCCAUUUCCUGGUGUCUGUAGCUUUUGAGUUUGCAGGGGAAAGGAGAAGAGGCAGAGAAUGGUGCUUCGCCUCUGCUUUCACAGACGGAAUUACUCACCCAGCUCACAGGGGCUCAUGGCACAACUGUCGCUGGUAAAAGGUUUCUCCCAUUAAGGCACAGCAGCAGAACAGUGAUUGUAGAGGAAGGGAGGGCAGUGGAAGGCGGCCUGGGGCUCGUUCUGAGAGUAGGGGGAUAUUUGACCAAAUUUCCUGCUGGGGAUAACCAGGCACGGCCUCUGGCAGGAGCGGUUUAAUUGCUCCUGGAAU